AUCGUUUCUAAAACCCACACGCACCACCAUCAUGUUUAAACGUGCUCAUAAAGAAUUAGCCAAAAACGCCAUUUACACUGAUGUUAUGCCUACAGGCGAUGAUGAUGACAUGGCAGAAAUAGAGGCUCUGGCACAGUUCAGUGACUCAGGGUCUGACUCUGACAGCUCUUCGUCCGACGAUGAUAUCAGUAGCGAAGAGGAUGCUAAGCUAGAAGAUUAUAUUAUGAAGUAUGAGAGAUCUCUGAAGGACGAGAAGACAAAGACGAAGGGAAAAGCAAGUGCCGGAAAUGGAUCAGGGAGUGAUGAGAAAAGCGGAUCAUCAGACGACGACGACGAGGUAGAUGGAGAGGGAGAAGUAGAAGAAGAAGAAGAAGAAGAAGAGCAGGACCAGGAGGAAGACACCCAUUUUCGCUGCAAAGUUUGUCCUAAAAAGAUCCUUAAGAACAAGACCAUGGUAGAAGUACAUCUCAAGGGACACGAACACAAAACCAACCUCCGAUUGUACAAGAGAGCAUUGAAGGAGGAGCGAACAAAGGAGGAGAUCGAAAAGCUGAAAGCCAAGAAUCAAAAGAAACGCGAAAAGUCGCUCAAAAAGAAGGAGGAGCGCAAGGCUGCUCAGAAACAGAAGCUCAAGGAGAAGAAGAAAAGACAAUGGGAGAGGAAAAUGGCCAGCAUGGCCACUACUGGCAGUGCUAUCUCUGGGUCACCUUCAAUUAAGGAGAAGAAAGAGGAAAAAUUGAUUGAAAGAUCUAAUAGUAAGGCCAAGAACAACCCAGAGAGGCAGAUCAUCGGGCCGGAGGAGACUGUUGGCAACAUCGUGAAGGCAGGGAAAAUGGGGACCAAAGAAGUUACUAAUGAGCUCAGAGGAAAUGGACGAUCGGAUUCUUUUGGUAGUAGUAAUACCAGCAGUAAUGACAAGAGGAGAAAACCUCCAAACAAGAAACAAAAGACCAAGGCAUAGAGCAUAAAAAUCAGUAGCUAUGUUACGUGUGUAUAAUAAAAUUUAUUUUGG